GGCAUAUAUGAGGAUGUGGGAAGAGAGAAGAUGUGAGGUUUAAUCAAACAGUGAACAAGAACCCAAUUCUCUCUGCGCGUGCCUGGUUUUUGGGUUGACCCUCGGAUGAGUUUUGGGUUCUGAUCAAAUUUGUUGAAGACAGAAGAAGGGAUAGGAGGAGAUGGAUUGCUCAAUAUGCAGCUCAUACCCGGUGAUCAUAAGGCCGCCGAGGAACACAAUCUGCGGAAGUUGCUUGGAAGGGAUCAGGACCGCGUUUAGCUUGAUGAGCUCUUUCGAAGGCGGCAAUGAUCGUGAAGCAGAGACCGCCAGAUUAGAAAGCAACCAGAGUCACAAGUUUCUGGUCUCUCCCACCGCCAAAAGCAAGGGACUAGCAGAUCUUAUUGAGUGGAUGAAACGCACGAAGAAGGUGGAGGAUGAACUCUCCCAGCAGAUCUCUUUCUUGGCGAGCUCUUCCGUUUCUGCUUUCCAAGAACAAAUUCACACCGACAUCCAGAUUAAGCCUUCCAAUGGCCCUCCAAUUUCUGCUCAUAGAGCCAUCUUGGCAGCGAGAUCACAAAUCUUCAAGAACAUGUUGGACUCGGACUCAUGCAAGUCCUCACCUUGCGACACCGUGACCAUCGCCGAACUGACCCAUGAAGAGCUUGAAUCGCUCCUGGAGUUCCUCUACAGAGGGAGCCUCGCGCCUGAGAAAAUGGACAGGCACAUCUACUCACUGAUGCUCGCAAGCCACAAGUACGAAAUCUCGUACCUGCACAAGUCUUGCGAACGACACAUGCUCGAGAAUCUGAACGUUUCCAACGCGCUUGACGUCCUGGAGAUCUUCGAUGUUUGCUCCCACCAGAAGCUGAAGGACGUCGUGUUGAGUUUCGUCAUCAAGAACAUCAAUGACAUAGUUUUCUCGACUAAGUAUGAGGCCUUUUGCUCCAAGAACCCGCAUUUGAGUGUACAGAUCACGAGGGCGUCCUUGAUUGAUGCAAGGGAUAGGAAGAGAACUGGUGAUCAUUGUUGAAACUAAUGCAGUUGGAUGGAAUUGUAUUGUCCUUAUUCUAAUCUUUAUGUGAUUUUGUACAAUGAUUUAUUCGCACAUACGGUAAA